AUGGCUGCCAUUCAUCCGCAUGUUCAGGGCCCGCAAGACCCCUACCGCCUUCCACCGCCCCCUGGUGCCUAUCGCCCACCAGAUGUUUACGCUCAACCACCUCCGCCCCAAGUGGUCUACCAAGCUGCCGCUCCACGACAGCGGACAGCUAUCGCUUGUCGUUACUGCCGGAGACGGAAGAUUAGGUGCUCGGGAUUCGAAAGUUCUCAGGAUGGGCGUUGCAGUAACUGUAUCCGCUUUAACCAAGAGUGCAUGUUCACGCCAGUUUCCUCCCAGGCGCAAGCUUUUGUUCCUGCACAUGCUGCCUACCCACACCUGAGAAACGCACAGAACCAACCACGUGGCGGUGCCCCGGUAAUGCUUUAUGGUGCCCACGGUCAGCCUUUACCACCCCAACAACAACCUCAAGCUGCACCGGAUGCCACACUUCCCCCGCCGCAGGGAAUGUAUCAGAAUCCCUAUGGAAGCGCACCCCCACCUCUCUCAUCUCAAGAUCCUCGACCUAUUGGCCGUCGCGGCUCCGGCUCUGGAUUCGAGUAUCCUGAUCCAACCAAUCUGGCACCCGUAACGCCGGCAACAUCUGCGCCAGGAUAUCAAGCGCAUUCUGCCUCAAGUCCAUACUAUCCACCGCCACCUCAGCACGAUCGACGUCCUUCUCCGCAGUCGGCGUACCCUUACGAUAAUCGUCACUCCUCGUCUCCCCACAAUUCACCCUAUCCUCCUAUGCACCCUGGUCAAAGCGCAAUGACACCCCCUCCCACUUCUACUCCUGGUAGCUCGUCUCGUGGUGGCCUGAAUGUUCGUGACAUGUUGAAUCCAGGAGACAGCCAGGGCCGUUCCAGCACUGACAGUGAUAUGCUGAAUGCCCUAAACCGGCGGGGCUUGAAUCAGUAA